GCUCCUUCAUGAUGGUGAAUAGUUCUGGGAGGGCAUCUGGGCAAAAGGCCCACUUGCUUUUACCAACACUGAAGGAAAACGACACUCACUGCAUUGAUUUCCAUUACUACUUGUCCAGCCGUGACCGUUCUAGCCCUGGAUCCUUGAAUGUUUAUGUGAAAGUGAAUGGUGGACCUCAAGGCAACCCUAUCUGGAAUGUCUCUGGGCUUGUUACAGAAGGUUGGGUGAAAGCAGAGCUUGCGAUCAGUACUUUCUGGCCACACUUUUACCAGGUCAUAUUUGAAUCGGUUUCCUUGAAGGGUCACCCCGGAUACAUAGCUGUGGAUGAAGUCAGAGUCCUUGCUCAUCCAUGCAGAAAAGCUCCUCACUUCCUGCGGCUGCAAAAUGUGGAGGUUAAUGUUGGGCAAAAUGCAACAUUCCAGUGCAUUGCAGGAGGAAAGUGGUCUCAGCAUGACAAAUUGUGGCUACAGCAGUGGAAUGGAAGAGACACAGCAUUAAUGGUAACCAGAGUCGUCAACCAUAGACGUUUUUCUGCUACUGUCAGUGUAGCUGAUACAUCCCAACGCAGUAUCAGUAAAUACCGAUGUGUAAUCCGUUCUGAUGGUGGAUCAGGAGUUUCAAACUAUGCAGAAUUAAUAGUAAAAGAACCACCCACUCCUAUUGCUCCUCCAGAACUUCUAGCAGUUGGAGCCACAUACCUAUGGAUCAAACCAAAUGCCAACUCCAUCAUUGGUGAUGGGCCCAUUAUCUUGAAAGAAGUAGAAUACCGUACAACCAAUGGGAAUUGGGCCGAAACCCACAUUGUGGAUUCUCCCAAUUACAAGUUAUGGCAUCUUGAUCCUGAUGUGGAAUAUGAGAUCAGAGUGCUUCUUACCCGUCCUGGGGAAGGGGGAACUGGACCCCCUGGGCCUCCUCUCACAACAAGGACAAAAUGUGCUGAUCCAGUCCAUGGUCCUCAGAAUGUUGAGGUUGUAGACAUCCGAUCACGUCAGUUGACUUUGCAGUGGGAACCUUUUGGUUAUGUUGUGACUCGUUGCCACAGCUAUAACUUGACAGUUCAUUACCAGUAUAUAUUCAACCAGCAGAAAUAUGAAGCAGAGGAACUAAUUCAGACAUCAUCACAUUACACGCUGCGAGGAUUGCGCCCCUUCAUGACUAUUCGAUUGAGGUUGGCUCUAUCAAAUCCAGAGGGCAAGAUGGAGAGUGAAGAAUUGGUGGUUCAAACAGAAGAGGAUGUUCCUGGAACUGUUCCCCUUGAAUCUAUUCAGGGAGGACCAUUUGAAGAGAAGAUCUAUGUUCAGUGGAAGCCACCAAAUGAAACUAAUGGAAUAAUUACCCUCUAUGAGAUUACCUACAAGGCUGUUGGAUCUCUAGAUCCUACUGCUGAUUUGUUGAACCAGAGAGGAAAAGUCUUCAAACUAAGAAAUGAAACUCACCACCUUUUUGUAGGGUUAUACCCAGGAACUACCUAUUCAUUCACAAUUAAAGCCAGCACAGUAAAGGGUUUUGGACCUCCCAUCACCACACGGAUUGCAACUAAAAUUUCAGCCCCAUCAAUGCCAGAAUAUGAUACUGACACCCCUCUGAAUGAAACAGAGACCACCAUUACAGUCAUGCUGAAGCCUGCACAGUCUCGUGGUGCACCAGUCAGUGUCUACCAGCUUGUUGUAAAAGAAGAACGGCCACAGAAAUCACGAAGAGCUGCAGACAUCAUUGAAUGUUUUUCUGUUCCAGUGAGCUACAAAAAUGCUUCAAAUCUUGACUCCCCUCAUUACUUUGCAGCUGAGUUGAAACCAGUCAAUCUUCCAGUUACGCAGCCUUUCACAGUAGGAGAUAACAAAACCUAUAAUGGCUAUUGGAAUGCUCCACUUUCACCAUUGAAAAGCUACAGCAUUUACUUUCAGGCUCUAAGUAAAGCAAAUGGGGAAACCAAAAUAAAUUGUGUCCGACUAGCCACCAAAGGAGCUUCUACACAGAAUUCCAACAUGGUGGAACCAGAAAAACAGGUUGAUAAUACGGUGAAAAUGGCUGGAGUUAUAGCUGGUCUUCUGAUGUUUGUAAUUAUCCUUUUGGGAGCAAUGCUUACAAUCAAAAGGAGAAGAAAUGCAUAUUCCUACUCCUAUUACUUGAAACUAGCCAAGAAACAAAAAGAAACCCAAAGCAGCAGUCAACGAGAAAUGGGACCCGUUGCUGCUUCAGACAAGAGUGCUACAAAAAGCGCUGCUCACAAUGAAGACACUUUCAUUUCAGGCUGUCAAGAUGUUAAUGGAUUCACUGACAAUAGCCAUGGGGAGAUGACUCAACCGACCCUGACAAUCCAGACCCAUCCCUAUCGAAGCUGCGACCCAGUGGAAAUGUCCUAUCCCAGGGGACAGUUCCAGCCAGCAAUCCGAGUGGCCGACUUGUUGCAGCACAUCACUCAGAUGAAACGGGGACAGGGCUAUGGAUUUAAAGAGGAGUAUGAGGCUCUACCUGAAGGCCAGACAGCAUCUUGGGACACCGCCAAAGAAGAUGAAAACCGCAAUAAGAAUAGAUAUGGCAACAUCAUCUCCUAUGAUCACUCCAGGGUGAGACUGCAGUUACUAGAUGGAGAUCCUCAUUCAGAUUACAUUAAUGCAAAUUAUAUUGACGGUUACCAUCGGCCUCACCAUUACAUUGCAACUCAAGGGCCAAUGCAAGAGACAGUGAAGGAUUUUUGGAGGAUGAUCUGGCAGGAGAAUUCAGCGAGUGUUGUCAUGGUCACUAACCUGGUGGAAGUUGGCAGGGUGAAGUGUGUCAGAUACUGGCCUGAUGACACAGAAGUCUAUGGAGAUAUCAAAGUGACCUUAAUUGAGACAGAACCAUUGGCAGAAUAUGUCAUACGUACUUUUACAGUCCAAAAAAAAGGCUACCAUGAGAUUCGAGAAAUUCGUCAAUUCCAUUUCACUAGCUGGCCAGACCAUGGGGUUCCUUGUUAUGCUACAGGUCUCUUGGGCUUUGUUCGACAAGUGAAGUUUCUCAACCCACCAGAUGCAGGGCCUAUUGUUGUGCACUGCAGUGCUGGUGCUGGGAGGACAGGGUGCUUUAUUGCCAUAGACAUCAUGCUUGACAUGGCAGAAAACGAAGGUGUGGUGGAUAUAUUUAAUUGUGUGAGAGAGUUGCGAUCCCAGAGAGUUAACUUGGUACAGACAGAGGAGCAGUAUGUGUUUGUUCAUGAUGCUAUUCUGGAAGCGUGCCUUUGUGGCAACACUGCCAUUCCUGUUUGUGAAUUCAGAUCUAUAUACUACAACAUCAGCAGACUGGAUCCACAGACAAAUUCCAGCCAGAUAAAAGAUGAAUUCCAGACCCUUAAUAUUGUUACUCCUCGAGUACGUCCAGAAGAUUGCAGCAUUGGACUUUUGCCAAGGAAUCAUGAUAAGAAUCGCUGCAUGGAUGUACUUCCUUUGGAUCGGUGCCUCCCUUUUCUUAUUUCUGUUGAUGGAGAAUCAAGCAACUAUAUUAAUGCUGCACUCAUGGAUAGCCACAAGCAACCUGCUGCCUUUAUAGUUACUCAGCAUCCAUUGCCCAACACUGGAGCUGAUUUCUGGAGGCUAGUGUUUGAUUACAACUGUUCUUCUGUUGUGAUGCUGAAUGAAAUGGAUGCUGCCCAGCUUUGUAUGCAGUACUGGCCAGAGAAGACAUCUUGCUGUUAUGGGCCAAUCCAAGUGGAAUUUGUUUCUGCUGACAUAGACGAGGAUAUUAUUAAUCGGAUAUUUCGGAUCUGCAACAUGGCAAGGCCGCAAGAUGGGUACCGUAUUGUUCAACAUUUGCAGUAUAUUGGCUGGCCAGCAUAUAGAGACACUCCUCCUUCUAAACGCUCUCUCCUGAAAGUGGUCAGGCGAUUGGAAAAAUGGCAGGAGCAAUAUGAUGGGCGAGAUGGGCGGACUGUGGUUCAUUGCCUGAAUGGUGGUGGCCGCAGUGGCACCUUCUGUGCCAUAUGUAGUGUGUGUGAAAUGAUCCAGCAGCAAAAUAUCAUUGAUGUAUUUCACAUAGUGAAAACCUUGCGGAAUAACAAGUCCAACAUGGUGGAGACAUUGGAACAAUAUAAAUUUGUAUAUGAGGUUGCAUUGGAAUACUUAAGUUCAUUUUAG